CUCUUCCAGAAGAAAAUGGUUUUAGCAACAAAUAGUUCAGUCCUGGAUGUCUGUGCCACUUGCCAUGCUCAUGCCACGUGUCAACAAAAAGACGGCAAAAACGUCUGCAUCUGUAACUAUGGCUUUGUGGGUAACGGGAGGACUCAUUGUCAAGAUAAAGAUGAAUGCCAGAUUGGGGCGAGCAAGAUCUGUGGUGAGCACACAUCAUGUCAUAAUACACAUGGAAGUUUUUACUGCAUUUGUCUCGAAGGCUACCAUCCUUCUAACAACAACAAGACAUUUAUUCCCAAUGAUGGCACAUACUGUACAGAUAUAGACGAGUGCCAGGUGCCUGGUCUGUGCGGUGCUGGGGGACGAUGUGUGAACACUGUUGGAAGCUACAAGUGCUCUUGUAUGGAAGGGUACAGACCAGAAAAUGGAACAGAAUUUUUUCAUCCAUCUGGGAACACUGUUUCGUGCAAAGCUGUGGAUUGUGGGGUCCCACCUUCCAUCUUGAAUGCAUAUUCAGCGCCUCUAAGAAGCACCACCUAUGGAAGUGAAGUUGCUUAUAUUUGCCUACAUGGUUACCUUAUUGAAAGUGGAAACCAGACUGCAGUUUGUAAUGCAAAAGGACAGUGGGAAGGUGCUGAUCUGGUGUGCAAAGCAAUAGACUGUGGCAGACCUUUGUGGAUUCCACAUGCUGAAAUGAUCUGGGACAACUCCACCACUCUGGGAAGCACGGUGCACUAUAAAUGCCGUGAAGGGUUUCAUUUUAGUGGAGACAAGAAUUUUUCACAAUGCACAGAAAUUCAGAAAUGGGAAAACAUCACUGGUGUAUGCGAAGGAACAGACUGUGGCCGACCUCCUUCGAUCCCCAACACAGACAUGAUUUGGAGCAACAUUUCCCAUCUGGGCAGUACAGUGCACUACCAGUGUAAAAAGGGAUUCCGCAGCAUAAAUGGGAGGAAUACAUUGCGUUGUACUUACAGUGGAUCCUGGGAAAUUCCAACUCUAAUAUGUAAAGUGAAGGCAGCCAUCGGGAACGUGUCUGUAUUUAAUCAAACCUGUGUGAAAUGGAGGAGGACGACGAGUGAAACUGACUUGAAAAUGGUGUAUUUGUUUCAUGUGCAAGAGCAAAGACUGCAUCAGAAGGCAUCUUUCAAUGAAGCAACAUUUAAUUUCACAUCAAAGGAGGAGACUCCAGAGCUGUGUCUAGACCUAAAGGCAGGCACUAACUACACGGUGAGCAUCACUGUAGUGUCUCCUGAGUACUCGGAUCCCAUCACUAUCACAAUUAAUACUGUGGAAGAGGAAGGAUUCAACAAUGUUUCAGUAUUUAAUUAUACCUGUUUGAAAUGGAGGAGACAUUCUGGAAGAGUCGGGGUGAAGGAAACCUACCUCUUUCACAUACAGGAACAACAGGGACGCUUGAGGAAAUCAUCCCAUGAAAUGAUGACUAACUUGACCACCAAGGAGGAGAACCCCACGGUGUGCCUCCCUCUUCCCCUCGGUGUAAACUACACAGUGAAUGUCACUGAGGCGUCUACCAAACUUGUUUUACAAAUACCCAUAAUACUCUCAACGACUGAGGAGGAAUUGCUCAGCAAUGUGACUGUAUUUAAUGAAACGUGCGUGAAGUGGCAGAGAAAAGUUGCAAGAGCUGGGACAGAGGAAACUUAUACAUUUCAUAUAUUGGGACGAAGAUGGUACCAGAAGGAAUUCUCCCUUGAAAUGAUAUUUAACUUUACUACAGGUGAAGAGACGCCAGAGGUGUGUUUAGAGCUCAACUCUGGUACUAACUACAUGGUGAACAUUACUACAGCAUCCUCUAAGGGGGCCUCAGCCCUAAUUGCCAUAGCAAUUAAGACAGAGGUAAAGGAAGCCUUUAGUAAUAUGAUGAUCCUUAACGACACCUGCUUGACCUGGAGGAGAAGCAUAAGGAGAGCUGAGGGGAAGGAAAACUAUUCAUUUCACAUGCAAGGCCGACGUUGGUAUCAGAAGGAAUUCUUUCAUGAAAUGGCCUUUAACCUCACCACUUAUGGACUGACUCCAGAGGUGUGUUUUGAUUUGCAUCCAGGCACCAAUUACACCGUGAAUAUCUCCACAGCAGCUUUGGAUCUUUCUGUGCUAGUUUCCAUGUCAACACCAAUUGCUGAUCCUCCAUUCCCAGAAGUAGAGUUUGUAACAGUACAUGGUCCUGUGCCAGUACUCAGCCUCCGGAAAGUAGAAGAUAGAAAUGGACCUAUCAGUUCUUAUCAAGUGAUUGUGCUUCCCUGGCUGUUUCAAAGCGCAUUUUCUUGUGAUUCCCUGGCUGCUAUGACUUUCUUUGGCAAUGACACUGACAUGAAGGGAUAUGUGGCUGCUGAAUUUCUGGCCAAGGAUGUUGCUGACAACAUGCUGAUCUCUCUGGGAGACAGACAUUACUAUGGAGUGUUCUAUAAUGCUCCCUUGAAGCCAGGGAAGAAUUACUAUGUGAUACUGAGAAUUAUAAGCCAAUGGAAUAAGGUGAGGACACAGUCCUGUGCCGUUUGGGCACAAAUUGAAGAUUUAUCACCCUCUCUGCAACAUGUGACUCUUGCCGGAUUAGGGUCAGUCGCUGCGGUCUGCUUUAUACUCCUCUUGUCCUUCUCCGCAGCACGUUCUUAUCUCCACAACACAGUCCAUGUACCUCCAGCUGCACUGGCCAAAGGAUAUGAGACAACUAUGGAUACAGCAGGCGGGGGGAUUGCAUCAUCUUUCCUAGAGAUUGAAAGUGUCUCUCUUCUGUAAUGCAUUCUCCCCCUGGUUGCCUGGAAGACAGGAGGGAGGACCCAGAAUCUUCUGUUACAAUCAGUGGCAGUACAAUAUUGAUAUCUGCACAUCUGCUGCACUGCCUAUGUUAAUAACUGGAGUGAGUUUGUUUGAAACAGAAAGUGAGAUGCUCAGGCCUUCCUUGAUUUCUUUAUUACCUUCAGCACAGUCUAGAACGCUCACCAAAAUUUGUAUGUCAGAAAGGACACACAAGGACCUUUUCAAGCCUCCAGGUACAGGCCAAAACCAUUUAACCAUCCUAGAAAUCUGGUAUAAUAGAUGUUUUGGACAAUGUUCCCUCUAAAGUUUUCUAUCCAUGAGUGGAAUAAUUUUUUUGUGGUCUGAGGCAGGUGCAGAUGUGCACCAACAGCAGAAACAAAAUCCUAGCUCCAGGUACUCCUCUAAUCAGCUUGGCAGCAUUUGAAUCUCUCUUGAGUGUCAGCACAGGUGCACAACUUAGAGGAAACACUAGUUUGGGAGUAUGUUGUUGCUAUUACUAAUAUAUAUUGAAAGAAAAAAAUUAAGGCCAGCUAGUAUUCUGAUACCCUUAUAAUGAGUAUUUUGAAAUUAAAUGGGUCUAGUUGUGGAGUAAUUGGAGUACUCUAGGAGAAAAUUGCUAUUUGAAAAUGAAUUGUGUCCAUACUCUGUUUUAUAAUGAGAGAAUGCUAACCCCUCCCCCAACAAGUUAAACCCAUAAAGCAGCUGCUGCAUGACCAAAUUGAGCUUUCUAUCAAUUAAAAGUAAAUGUAGCUUCAAUUUAAAAAAGUGUAAGUGUUACAGACUUGAGUAAUUAUACUGAAAUGUGUUCCCACUCAGAUGUUCAGGAGAUACUAAGGUUUACUGCAAAUCUACAAAAUACUCCAUGCAUCUAUGUAACAUCCAUUUAUGUGCAGCGUGCUAAAUCAACAUUAAUGGCUUGUGAAUUUUUAAUAAGGAGCUACAUGUCUUCAACUGCAAUUUAUUUCAACUUUGUACUUGUCGUAAUUUACAGUUGUGGUGAAACAUGAAUCUCACAUGUUGUUUUAAUGUAACAUCUAGUUUAAAAUAAACCUGAGAAUAGAUAAAGUUAGCCCUUUUGUUGUGCGGAGGAUUAAUUUUUCCUGUAUUAAAGUUUCAAGUACUUUUGAUUUUUCACUGCUUCUGUUCCUGUUCAGAAAUUACUUGAGAAUGACAGCAAAAUCUUGCUAACAAGUGAAAUAAAG